AUGCCGGGUAAUGCGAAUGCUGCUGCUAGUGAUGGUCCCCACGUGGCGGAGCCGGGUUUGACAGAAGAGAGCACGUGUGGGUGGUCCCCACGUGGCGGAGCGGCGGCGAUGGAAGGGGGGGCCGCGACGGGGCGUGGGGGGAAUGCCCCGAGUGCUGCUGGAGGUGCUGGCCCUACUGCGGAGUCAGUGCCAGCCACUGCAGCGCCUGCUGCUACCGCUCCUGCUGCUCGACAUGCGCAUCAGCCCGCUGCUGCCGCAGGUGCUGCGCCCAUUGCUGCUAUGCGCGCUGUUGGACCAAGUGGCCUUGGGAGAAUGCUGAUACGUGGCCCGGUAUUCCAGCAGCCGGGGAGGGGGCCGUUCUGA